UAGGCUCCCAACGGGCCAGAACAUGACCAUAAGUGUCUACUUAGAGUUGGAGUAGAUACUGCUCUGGGGCUAGAUUCAGCUGGAUUACUUAACCUUCAAGGAAGCAGUUUGGUCUACAGAAGCUUCCAAGAUGUCCCAUCAACACACACUGCCAGUGACUGUUCCAGCUGUGGUUCAGGGACCUCUCAAGACUGUGUGUUCUCCAGAUCAUAUCCAGCAGGAACAAGCAAAGCAACCAACUCCACAUCCUACACAAUGCCAGGUCUUCACUGAGAUUCAAGAGAAGGGCUUUCCCAAACAUGAGGAGAAGCGGCCAAACCCUGUGAAGGAUCUGCCUGAUCAAAAGUGUGAGCACCAGCAGCAGCCAGGACCACAAAAGCAGCAGCUGCAGGUGAAAAAGUCACAGCAGGAGCUGCAGGAACAGGAACUGCAUCUGGAGAAGCAGCAGCUACCACAAGAGCCCCAGGGGCUCCUGUGCCUGGAACAACAACAGCAGCAAGAGCCACAAAUGCAAGAACAGCACCUCAGACAGCAGCAGCAGCAGCAGCAGCAGCAGCAGCAGCAGCAGCAGCAGCAGCAGCAGCAAGAGACACAGGAGCAGGGUCUGUGCCUGGGGCAGCAGAAGCAGCAGCAGCAGCAGCAAGACAUGCUAGUACCACAGGAGCUACAUCUGAGACAGCACCAGGAGAAGCUGCAGGAUCCAGAACUGCAUCUGGGUCAGCAGCAGAAAACUCCAGAGGAGCAGAAACUGAUUCCAGGAGAAAAGCAGCAGGAGCUGCACCUGGGACAGAGGCACCAGGAGCCACAGGAGCAGGAGCUACACCUGGGACAGAAACAGAAGCAGAAGCUACAUGAACCAGAACUGCAACUGGGAAAACAGCAGCACCAGAAGCCAUCUGAGCCAGAACUGCCUCUGGGAAAGCAGCAGCAGGAGUCACCUGAACCAGAACUGCCUCUGGGAAAGCAGCAGCAGCAGGAGUCACCUGAGCCAGAACUGCAACUGGGAAAGCAGCAGCAGUCACAUGAGCCGGAUAUGGCAGGGGAUCAGAAAGAGAAGCAGAAACUUCAUAAGCCAGAACUGUACCUGAGAAAGCAGCAGUACCAGGAGUCACCUGACCCAGAGUUGUCCCUGGGAAAACAGCAGCACCAGGAGUGUCAGGAACCAGAACUGCAAUUGGAAGAGAAGCAGCAUCAGAAGCCACCUGAACCAGAACUGCACCUGGGAAAGCAGCAGGAGUCACAUGAGCCAGAUAUGGCAGAGGAUCUGGAAGAGAAGCAGAAACUUGGUGAGCCAGAAUUACACCUAGGAAAGCAGCAGCAGCAACAGAUAGAGCGUGAAGGUUAUCAAGGACCAAAAAGCCUGGGUCAGUCACUUAAGCAAGAGAAAGCUUCAAGGAAACAGCAGCUAGAUUACUCACAUCUAGAACAGGAGAAGGAGCUCUCAGACCAGCCACUGGAUCAAGCACUAGUAAAGAAGGGUAAACAACUGGAAAGGAAGAAACACGAAUUGGAGAACCGGACACAGCAGGAGAAGUAGAUAGAGCAAUUAGUACCAAGCACUGACUAAGCCAGUCCAACCAGUGAAAGGAGACGUGCUCACUACAGAGAAGCAGCAGCAGAACCAUGAAGUGCAGUGAAGCCAAAACUAAAGCAACCACACCAGUGUCCCAGAGACUCUCCAACCAUCCCACAUAAGGGAAGAGAGCCAUCCACACUUCCUUAAGGUCCUCAGCUGGCCUACUCACCCAUAAAUCUAUCUGGCCCUGACCAUCCUCUUGUCUAUGACAGGCUGGAUACAGGAUGCUAUAUGGUCCGGUAUCUUCCCCAAGAAGCUCAAUCCCAACCUUAAAUAUCACAACUUCUUCCUGAGGCAGGGGGUGGGGGAAAAAGGGAGGCCUGUCAGUAGUUAGCAACUCUGAUGUCACUCCUAAUGUUGUGGCAGAAUUGUGAAUAGGUGUAAUGUCUAAUAAAUCCUAAAAACCCUGUGA